GUAUCUUUUUCUUUACAUUCUUUUAAUUUGAUUAAAUAUUUUUUUAUCGUUCCAGCUACGUAACAUUUUUUAAAAAUCUUUUAACAAAGUCACAAAACUCAGUCAAAUUUGAACUUUUGUAGAUUUUAAAAUGUGUGAAGCGAGAAAAACAAAUCUAAAUGUUUUUUUGUGUAAAAGAAAACCUAAGUAAUCAGUUUAACUUUUCUACCUUGUAGUAUCAGAGAAUAGUUAUGACUGUUUAUUCAUAUGUUUGCAUUUGAUAGGCCUGUUGAUGCAUACCAGUGACUCUGUUGACUCUCUUUAGAUUAAAACAUUCCUUUGCAGAAUCGUUUCUACCUCACGCUCCAGGUGUGAGUCCAGAUCUCUGCUGAUUCUAAUCCAGAAGAAGAAGAAGAAGCUGCUGUGGGAACAUGUUUCCAUCACCGUGUCGGAUCCUGAAGGCGCUCUGCUGCUGCUGCCUGAAGAAACUGGGAGUUCAGACCUGCUGGGCUGCAGCUACCGGGACUGUUCAGAUCAUGGUGGGUGUGCUUAAUAUCGGCCUCGGACCGGGAAGAACAAGCACUCGUCUGGGGGAUUUUACCAGCCUGGGAGCUGCUUACUGGUUGGGUGCUGUGUUUAUCGUAACAGGAAUCAUGACCGUUUUAGCGGGUCGGUUCCCUUCCUCCUGCUUGGUGGGCUUCUCUGUGUUGCUGAACAUUGUUGGUGCGAUCUUCUCCAUCACUGGCAUCGUGUUGUACUCCAUCGACCUGAUCAACUCCUCUCUGCUCUGGGUUUGCGACCGCUCCGGUUCUGAUCCAGACCGCUACGACGACCGCUGCAGAAACGUGGCCGCUUUCGAUCAGAACUUACUGACGUCUCUGGACAGAGCCUUGAUUCUCCUGGCUGUUCUGCUGUUGGUUGUCAGUAUUUCUUUUGCUGCUCUUGGCAUCGGGUUCCUGACUGGUGAGGUGAAGGAGGAAGAGCAGGUUGACAACGUUUCUAAAGAAGACUUGAAGGAAAUCCUUCUCAUCAGUCCUGGUGCUUGAAACCAUCGAUACAUCGGCAGGCAGCGCUGCAAAGCAAUCCAAACCUCAGUGCCACAAAUAGUAAACCAGUACAGUAGACAAUAACUCUUUACUUUCAAUUAUUGAUUGACAGUAAAUUAUGAAAUGUAACUCAUUAAUUAGGUUACUGAUUUAUUUAUUGUAUUUUUGACAAAAACUGACAGAAAAGGAGAAAUGUUGGAAGAAAAGUGGAUCGAUCUGGUUGGUGAACGUCCGGCCAUGUUUUUACAUUCACAGUUUAACUUUAACAAUGAAUUAAAAAUUAAACUGCUGCACUUUUAGCUUCAGCUGUUUUGCGAUAAUAUCACAGUUUUUAUCUUUUUCUGGAUCAGGGUUCUGAAAUGAGAAGCUCUGGUGUCCAAAGUAACUCUUUGGUUCAUUUAAUACAUUAAACAAUGACAUAUUGCUCCAUUUUCUUUCAUUCUUUUGUUCUGUACUGAAGAAACACUGACCCAGCUAGUCCAUUGGGCCAGCACUGAUUUCAUCUGAUCAACAAACCUCCUCAGGUGUCCUGACAACAGUUUUCACAUUUUUUCAUCCCUCUGGAUUCAUCCUCCUGGAGUUCAGUUUGCUUUCACAUGCGCAAUAUUUGUAUAAAGCGGGUGAAUAUUAGAAAGAUUACAAAUUUAACAUUUUCUGAAAAUCUUGUAUGACUAUCAGAUUCCUGACAAACAAAGAAACAGUCAAAGCUGUUUUAAUGUCUCUUUUUAUCAUUUAUUCAUUUUCAAACAUGGUUUAUGUUCAAUAAAAACUAUUUUUCAGAAUUAGAUUCAUCUCGAGACGUUUGUGCAUUAAACCCACACAAAUAUGUAAAUCUAAAAAUGAAAUAAGACUUUAUAGAAAAUAAAAAUGAUUGAAAAUGAACAUUUAUGCAGAUUGAGGUACAUGAAUCUUUAUUUUACAAUACAUGCAGAGUUUUUAAUUAGUUUUACUCAAAAAUAGGAUAGCAUAUAGACAGAAUGAUCAUUACAAAACCUCCAUCCCAGCAGAUUU